CUGAGUACCAUCAAAUCCCAAAAAUAUCAUCCCAGUCGCCGUUGCAUCGCUUCGACGGAGGUUCACUUGUGCGUCGCCGCCCACCGAAGUGUGCGACUCUUGCCUCUGCGGGCCUCUGAUUUCGGAAAAGCGACGCCGAAGACGCCACCGCACUGCGCCGCUGCCUCCCCCCUCCACGGCACCACCCUCCAGUAGUCCAGAAAAUUGGAUAGCAGGAGGGCAUUGGACCAAUAAAUAUGGACACCACAACUACUACUUUGGAACCUGAUAGUGUCGGCGGUGGCGGUUUGUAUAUACCUGGGAAAGAUCGAGUUGUUUUUAAACAACCCGAGCGCAAAUCACUUUUUGGGCUUGAUGUACUAGCUAGUACAAAAAGAGAAGGAUCUACAGUAGACAACUCAUUUAAAGUCCCAAAAGAAAGGGUAGCAUCUGUUGUGUCAGCUAUAGAUGAAUGUGAAGACACUUCUACUGUGACCGGAGAAAUAGAAGAUGGUCCAUCUCGUGGUUCACGUGGUCACACUAGUAGGCGAUAUCGUGAUCAUCUUGCUAGCGAUGAUUCUACCUCAGGUAUUACAGUAACCGUAGGGCGAGAAAACAGAACACUCUUAAAGCCUCUUCCUGAUGAACACCAUCAGGCUUCAACUCAUUCUACGGGAAGAUCAAGAAGGGAUGAUUAUAGGAGCAAAACUAGAAGGGACAGCAAUUAUGGCGAAGAUCAUCGGCGUAGGGAAUCAUCACGCAGUUUUGGAAGAGAGUACAAUGAUGACAGCAGUAGGAAACGAAGUAGAUAUGAAAGCCCCAGGAACACACACGGAAGCUCUAGCUGGGAUGAUGGCAACUCGGAGUGGGAAGAUACCCCUCGCCGGGACAGUUUUUCCAACCGUAAUAGGAGUAGCCAUUAUCAUUCUCCAUCGCCAAUGUAUAUUGGAGCCUCACCUGAUGCGCGACUUGUUUCCCCAUGGUUGGGAGGCCAUACUCCUCGCUCUGGGGCUGCUUCUCCUUGGGACAGUGUAGCUCCAUCGCCAACUCCAAUACGAGCAUCUGGCUCUUCUGUGAGGACUUCAGGGUCUCGAUAUGGUGGAAAAUCUAUUCGGGGGUCUGUUUCUACUAAUGUCACCAUGUCUGAGGAAGGAGAUGACAAUACACUUGGGUCUGAAGACAGCAAUCAUGAGAUCUCUGAAAGUAUGCGUCUAGAGAUGGAGUACAACUCUGAUCGUGCCUGGUACGACAGAGAAGAAGGAAGCAGCACGUUUGACAUGGAUAGGUCAACACUGUUUUUAGGUGAUGAGGCAUCUUUUCAGAAGAAAGAGGCUGAGCUGGCUAAAAGACUUACUCGAAAAGAUGGCUCUAAGAUGUCACUUGCUCAGAGCAAGAAGCUGUCACAGCUAACUGCAGACAAUGCUCAGUGGGAAGACCGUCAGCUUCUAAGAUCUGGAGCUGUUAAAGGCACUGAGGUGCAAACAGAAUUUGAUGAUGAAGAUGAAAGGAAGGUUAUUCUCCUUGUUCAUGAUACAAAACCCCCUUUUCUGGAUGGAAGAAUUGUGUUCACAAAGCAAGCUGAACCAGUAAUGCCUAUCAAGGACCCCACAUCAGACAUGGCCAUAAUAUCGCGGAAAGGAUCUUCGCUUGUUCGUGAAAUACAUGAAAAACAAAGCAUGCAUAAAUCUCGUCAACGGUUUUGGGAACUUGCUGGAUCAAAACUUGGUGACAUCUUGGGGGUUGAAAAAACAGCUGAACAGAUUGAUGCAGAUACUGCUGCAGUGGGUGAACAAGGUGAGGUUGAUUUCAAGGAAGAAGCUAGGUUUUCACAACACUUAAAGAAAGGGGAAGCAGUGAGUGACUUUGCAAAAUCCAAAACAAUCUCACAGCAGAGGCAGUAUUUGCCCAUAUUUUCUGUUCGCGAUGAGUUUAUGCAGUACCUACAUGAAGAUGGCUACACAAAAAAUGGGAUAGUUGGUUGCACUCAACCAAGGCGUGUAGCAGCUAUGAGUGUUGCAAAAAGAGUUAGUGAAGAGAUGGAAACUAAGCUUGGAGAUAAAGUAGGAUAUGCUAUUCGUUUUGAAGACGUGACUGGCCCAAACACUGUUAUCAAGUACAUGACAGAUGGUGUGCUUCUGCGGGAGACACUGAAGGAUUCUGAUCUUGAAAAAUAUAGUAUCGUUGUAAUGGAUGAAGCGCAUGAGAGAUCAUUAAACACUGAUGUGCUGUUUGGCAUACUUAAAAAAGUUGUUUCCCGGCGUCGUGAUUUUAAGCUUAUUGUGACAUCUGCCACCCUAAAUUCACGUAAAUUUUCUGACUUCUUUGGGAGUGUACCGAUCUUCAACAUCCCAGGGAGAACGUUUCCCGUUCAGCAUAUGUACAGCAAAACCCCUUGUGAAGAUUACGUGGAGGCUGCUGUAAAGCAGGCUAUGACCAUCCACAUAACUAGCGCUCCCGGUGAUAUACUCAUAUUCAUGACUGGUCAAGAUGAGAUUGAAGCUACAUGUUAUGCACUUCAAGAACGAAUGGAACAGUUAGUCACCUCAACUAAGCAGGCUGUACCCAAGCUACUUAUUCUUCCCAUUUAUUCCCAACUGCCUGCCGAUUUGCAGGCUAAGAUCUUUGAUAAGGCAGAAGAAGGAGAACGCAAGUGCAUUGUUGCCACAAACAUUGCUGAGACAUCCUUAACGGUUGAUGGGAUUUUCUAUGUGAUCGAUACCGGUUAUUCUAAGAUGAAGGUGUACAAUCCACGGAUGGGCAUGGAUGCUCUCCAAGUUUUUCCGGUCAGUCAAGCAGCGGCAAACCAGCGAGCUGGGCGGGCCGGCAGAACUGGGCCUGGAACUUGCUACCGACUCUACACUGAAAGUGCAUAUCAGAAUGAGAUGCUUCCAAGCCCCGUACCCGAAAUCCAGAGGACAAAUCUUGGGAAUGUAGUCUUACUGCUCAAGUCUCUCAAGAUCUCAAAUUUGCUGGAUUUUGAUUUCAUGGACCCUCCUCCUCAGGAAAACAUCCUCAACUCCAUGUACCAGCUGUGGGUAUUGGGUGCACUUAACAACGUCGGGGACCUGACUGAUAUUGGUUGGAAAAUGGUGGAGUUCCCGUUGGACCCACCUCUUGCCAAGAUGCUUCUCAUGGGUGAACAACUAGAAUGCUUGAAUGAAGUUCUCACCAUCGUGGCAAUGCUUUCGGUACCCUCAGUUUUCUUCAGGCCCAAGGACAGGGCAGAAGAGAGCGAUGCUGCUAGGGAGAAGUUCUUUGUGCCUGAAUCCGAUCACCUCACACUCCUCAAUGUGUACCAACAAUGGAAGGAAAAAAAUUACCGGGGCGAUUGGUGUAAUGACCAUUUCCUGCACGUCAAAGGCCUGCGCAAGGCCAGGGAGGUCAGAUCCCAGUUGCUGGAUAUACUCAAGACCCUAAAAAUCCCACUCACCUCAUGCGGACCGGACUGGGACAUUGUGAGAAAGGCAAUCUGUUCUGCAUAUUUCCACAACUCAGCCAGGCUAAAGGGUGUGGGUGAAUAUGUGAAUUGCAGGAAUGGAAUGCCUUGUCACCUGCACCCCACCAGUGCACUCUAUGGGUUGGGUUACACGCCAGACUACGUCGUCUAUCACGAGCUGAUCUUAACAACAAAGGAGUACAUGCAGUGCGUCACGUCAGUGGAGCCCCAUUGGUUGGCAGAGCUGGGCCCCAUGUUUUUCUCUGUCAAGGACUCGGACACGUCCAUGUUGGAACACAAGAAGAAGCAGAAGGAAGAGAAAACUGCCAUGGAAGAAGAACUUGAGAACCUGAGGAAUGUGCAGGCUGAGAAUGAUAGAAGAAAGAAAGAAAAGGAGAGGGAGAAGAGAGAGAAGCAACAGCAACAGAUUUCAUUGCCUGGCUUGAAGAAAGGUUCUUCUACUUACCUUAGGCCAAAGAAACUGGGUCUCUAAAAUGGAGUGCCAUUUUUUCCACAUAGUUUCUUACCUGGGAAAAAAAAAGUUGAUCUUGAGAGAUUGAUUUACCCUAAACGAGUUUGACUGGUGUGGUUCGGGCGUAGUUUUUUGAACCAAAGAGAGACCGUGCUGUCAUCGGUCGGAUCGUGGUCGAACAAAUUGUCUUGUAAAAUUAGUAUAUGAAAUGUAAAUUCCUAUGCAAUAGCCUUUUUU